AUGGCUGAAAGCCCACUAUCUUCUAAAUCUGGUUCUCCACCUCGUAGUGGUUCAGCAAAGAAAGGUAAAGGUAAAAAAACACUGAACGCUAAGAGAAGCCCAAAAGGAUCACCCAAAGGGAAGCAAAAACCUGCUGCUAAGAAAGAUGAGGAACCGGAUCUGUCUAUGGCAAGCAUGGGACACCCAGAAAUUUUUCCCUUGGUCCUCACUGAAAAAACACAGGAAAUAUUUAAUUGCCGCGUUGACGUAGAUGUCUCAGCUGAAAAUCCUUACAAACUUCUGAAAAAAGAGGACAUCAUUAAUGAUAUGAAGACAAGAGCUGCAAUUUCUGAUUUCCAUCCCAUCAAAAAAAUGGUUUUAGAUUAUCCUGGAGAAGAACUUCUUUUAGUUUUUGACAAAGAAUUAAAGUAUGGUCAAAUAUUUUAUAUUAUUGCAACUGAAGAGGCCAAGGAAAGCAUUUUAAAUCCUCCAGAGCCAGAAGAAGAAGAAAAAGAAGUUAAAGAGGUCCAGGAAGAAUUUGUUUAUAAGCCUCCAGUGCACAAACCUUGGGUCUCACUUGGAAGUGAAAAGGAAAUUGAAGAAGAGUCACUAAAGGAAUCAACUAGGAAGAUUAAAUAUAUGAUUUCUCGUCCACACAAAGAAUUUGGGGUUCCUAUUAGAUUCCAUAAAAGAAAUGCUUCAACCGAUAAACAAGGCUAUGUGGAAUGCACAUCUUAUCAGGAUAAGAACUUCACCAUUCGACAGCUUGAGAAACAUAUCGGUAUACAGGUUGUUCCAAAGGAAAAAGAGAUGGGAACUCAGACGAGAUGGACCUACCCCCAAAAUGCAACGACACAGUAUUAUCCUAGAGAAUUUUCAGAUGAAGAAAGAGAGAAGUAUUUGUCUUCAGAAGAGCUGAAAAACUUCAUCUUGUCUGUGGCUAUAAGAGUGGAAGUAGCACUCCAGCAAAAUGAAAUAAUGGAUGCCUUUUAUGAUGACUGGAAAGCCCUUGCAGAAGAUGAAAGUGGCUUUGCAGGCAAAUCAGAAGUUUCUCUUAAGGAGUAUCAGUCAUUUACAGACCUGCAUUAUCUCAAGGACAGAACGGUUAGCUGCAUUUGCUGGCACCCAACCAUUUACGGGAUUGUUGCCGUGGCAGUAACAGAGCGGCUUUCCUAUGAGGAUCGAGUGCAGCAGUCUGGGAAAUUACUCUUGUGGAAAGCACCCAUUCUGUUCUGGAGUUUUGCAGACCCUAUUCACCCUCAGCUUAUGCUGGAGUGUCCUGAAGAUAUCUACAGCUUUCAGUUUUCUCCAAGCAACCCCAACAUAAUUGCAGGAGGCUGUAUGAAUGGACAGGUUGUACUGUGGGAUAUUUCAGAAUAUGAAGAGAGGUUGCUUAACGCUAAGUCAGGAACAGGUGGAAGUAAGAGCACUACUGUUAACAUGCCAAGCUUCAUGCUGCAGCAGCAGACGGGGAAGGAGCCACACCUGGUGAGAUAUUGCGCAGUCUCAUCCAUAGAAUAUGGUCAUAAGUCUGUAAUAACAGAUAUACAGUGGCUUCCAGAAAUGUUUGAGCUCAACAGAAUGGGCACUGUUUUUGAAAACAGAGCUGGAGUUUGUAUACAGCUUGUCACCUGCUCACCAGACUGCACAAUAUACUUUUGGGAUCUCCGAGCUCACAGGCCUGCUCUCCAGCCUUCAAAUGAGAAGAAAAAGGAGGACAAGAUCAUUGCGGCUCCACCUGAUGUGCCCACGACCUUUAAGCACCUAGAUCUUUCAUGGAGGCCUCUCAUUAAGGUAAACCUGCCCAAGACAGAUACAGGUGCAGAGUACAGUCCAAUAAAAAUUAGCCUCAGAGAAGAGCACUAUCAUACCAAAAUUCAAGGCCAGAAGCCAUUCAAUAUACACAGCAUCCAUGAUGGACUUGUCCACACUGUGCAGAGGUCUCCUUUUUUCAAAGACAUAAUUCUCACAGUUGGAGGCUGGAAUUUUGCAAUAUGGAAAGAAGGUCUUAUGAGUGGGCCACUCCUUGAGUCAAGCUGUGCAGCAAAGAGAUACACUGUUGGCCACUGGUCUUUAUCCAGACCAGGUGUUUUCUUUAUUGGAAGAGAAGAUGGAAAUAUUGACAUUUGGGACCUACUGGAGAAAACUCAUGAAGCUUCUCAGACCCAAAAUGUCUGCAUUGCACUGAUUACCUGCAUUAAACCCUGGAUCUACUCUUCAAAGCAGCACUUCUUAGCUGUAUCCGAUGACUUUGGUACACUGCAUAUUUUAGAAAUUUCAUGGACAUUAAGCCACCCUUCCACCAAUGAGCGUUCCAGUGUUCUUCAUUACUUUGAGCGAGAGGUCAAACACCUAGAGUUUUUUGACCAGCGGAAGGAAUUCAGAGAGCAAGAAAGAAUGGCAAUAGAGCAUGAAAAGAUGCUGAAGAAAACGAAAGUAGCUGGUGGUCAGCGGUCAAGAGAAUUAAUGGAAGAACAGACCCAUCAAGACUAUACAGAGUUUUUGGAACUAGAGAAGAGCAUUCUGGUUCGACUUGGCAUAGUGAAGGGAUCUGACAGGUUUAGUCCCUCCAGAGUGGUCUAGUUUUAUGGCCAGCCACUGCUGUUAUCAUCACAAUGGUCAAAUUACUAUAAGCCAUUUAGAAUGGCUGUGAUCCAAAGAUAUGUGUGUGCUUGAGGAGACUUUCAUGUGAAAUGAGAUUUUGAAAUUAUCCAUGCAGCUGUCCCCUCAGCCAGAGAGACACCCUGCUGUCCAGUUAAAUUAGAGCUAUUCUCUUUGGAAGGGGAAGGGAAUUCCCAAAUGGUUAAAUAAAAGAUGUGGGUGUAU